GCACUACGUGUGGCACGGGACCAUUUGGACCGAGCAGCUGGUGGACCAGGCCUGGGCGAGUUCGACCACCAUGUACCCCCAGAAAUCCAGCCUGGACCUGAGCCAGGCGAACCGCAGCCAGCACCGCACGCGGGAAUAUUACCUCUGGUGGGAGAGGAUCUGCUCGAUCGACCACCAUUUGCGGCUGAUGAAGACCAGCCGCCUGAACGGGAGGAUGACGAUGAAGGAGCGGCAGCGCCUCGACCAGGAGAUGUCGUCUCGCUUCUUCAACGGCAUGUGCGUCGAGUACAGUGGGGGCAG